CUCCUUAACUUCCUACUCCGCAACAAUUUCAUCGGCACGCUCGAGUUGGCCGUUGGACUGGCCGUUGCGUCCCCUAUAAAAGCGAGGGUAGACCAUCGUGGAACCAGUGUGCUCACUGUCGGCCAACAUGAACAGCACAGAGAAGCUGAAAAUCUUACUUAUCUGCGGCCUGGUCCUCUCGGCCAUGGCCGAAGAGACGAAAAAAACGGCGGAGUCGAGCGUUCAACCAAAGGAGGAGAAGACGAAGCGCGGCUUGGAGCUUAGCUUGGGCGAUCAUGGGUUUGGAGGUGGUUUCGGCGGAGGUGGAGGAUUUGGAGGCGGAUUGGGAGGCGGAUUGGGAGGCGAGCAGAUAUCCACCGAUCACAUCAAGGCAGUCACGGUCACAAAGACCGUCCACGUGCCCGAACCUUAUCCCGUUGAGGUCACGAAACACGUACCCGUACCUGUCAGCGUACCGGUCAAAGUCCCGAUCGACAAGCCAGUCCCUGUCCACGUGCCCCAACCUUACCCGGUCACGGUCGAGAAGCAUGUGCCCUACCCGGUCGAGAAGCCCGUACCGUAUCCUGUCAAGGUGCCGGUCAAAGUGCCGAUAAAAGUACCUUUGCCGGUCAAGGUGCCGGUCAAGGUGCCUGUCACGGUACCAAAACCAGUGCCCUACCCUGUCAAGGUGCCGGUGGUCGUGAAGGAGCCUGUGCCGCUUAUCGUUAAGGAGCACGGAGGAGGAUUCGGCGGUGGAGGAUUCGAAGGUGGGCUCAGCUUAGGCGGCGGCCACGAUUUCGGAGGCGGUUUCGGAGGCGGUUUCGGAGGUCACGAACAUUACUGAACCAAAGACUCGGGCGGUGCAUCGUAGUCUUUCGCUUUCGUACGUUUCGUUCGUCGAUCGGGACGAGAUCGCGUCGGUCGGUAAUUUCGUAAAUUCGAUCUUUCGAGAACGUUUGCUGGUCGAAACGUGAAGAGGACUGAUCGGCGAGGAAACGUAGUAGCCAUUCCCGUGGCAGACGUCAGUCUCGAAAUGUACCAAUAUUGUAUUCAUCCGUGAUCCCCAACAUCAUCAAAUUGUAUUCUAUUGUACGAUAUGUUUUUUUUUUUAUGAACGAAUAAAGCGAUAUUUUUUUAU